AUGGCCACCGGCCCCAAAAGACCCGGCAACAAGGCCCAGCCCGCCCAGCCCGCCCAGCGCACAAUCUCCAGCUUCUUCACGCCCAAGGCCGCCCCCAAGAAGGCCAAAGCGCCAUCACCAUCCCCCGAGCCCGAGCCAGAGCCGGAGCCGGAAGAAGAAGACUCGCCAGAAGAAGACUCCGACAAGGACCCCGCCUACUCCGAGCCCGAGCCCGACGCAGCGCUGCCCGCCCCGCGCCCCACCCCCAACGCCCGAACACGCACCCGCAGAGCACCGUGGGCCCGGAAGCGUGUGCUGCCCUCCGACGACAGCGACGACCACUGCAGCGCUCCGCCGCCGGCGAAGCGGCGGGAGAGGGCAGCGCCGGGGGUGGAAGAGGUGGAGGAGGCGGAGGUGGAGGCGGACGAUGAGAGGGAGUGUACGGUUCUCGUUGUGCCCGCUGCUACGCCGGGGAAGGGGGCUGUGGUGUCGGCGAGGACGUCAAAAUACCAGUUUGGGUCGCCUCAAGGGGGGGAGAAGCAGCAGCAGGGGGAGGAGAUGGAUGUGGAUGGGCAGGAAGGGGAGGAGGAGGAGGAGGAUGAGGCACAGAAGCGACGGAGGGCGCAGCUGCAUCGGCGGUUUGUGCAGAAGCUGGGGAGGCCUGAUUCGGUGCUUGAUGCCCGCCGCGAUGGGGACGAAGAGGAAGACGGCGGCGAGGAGCAGGAAGACGACGAAGACGGCUCCCCGGGCCCCAUCGCAAAGAGGUUUGGCAGAGGCGCCAAACCCGCCGCAGCAAAGGGCAAAAAGGCCCGCGCAAAGCUCACCCCGCUCGAGCAGCAGGUCGUGGCCAUCAAGCGCCAGCACCCCGACACGGUGCUGCUCGUCGAGGUGGGCUACAAGUACCGCUUCUUCGGCGCCGACGCCCGCACCGCCAGCACCGCCCUCAGCAUCAUGUGCAUCCCGGGCAAGCUGCGCUUCGACGAGCACCCGUCGGAGGCGCACCUCGACCGCUUCGCGUCGGCGAGCAUACCGGUGCCGCGCCUGCACGUGCACGUCAAGCGCCUCGUCGCCGCCGGCCACAAGGUCGGCAUCGUCCGGCAGCGCGAGACGGCAGCGCUGAAAGCCGCGGGGGACAACAGGAACGCGCCGUUUGUGCGCGAGCUCGCGGAGCUGUACACGAAGGGCACGUACAUCGACGACACCGACACCGACACCGCCACCGACACCGACACCAUGGACGGCGCCCCGCACACGGGGUACCUGCUGUGCAUCACGGAGAAGCCGGGCGGCGGGGCGGGCACGGACGAGAGGUCGCAUGUGGGCUUUGUGGCCGUGCAGCCGGCCACCGGCGACGUGAUCUACGACGAGUUUGACGACGGCUUCACGCGCAGCGAGAUCGAGACGCGCUUGCUGCACAUUGCGCCGUGCGAGCUGCUGGUCGUCGGCGAGCUGACCAGGGCCACGGAGAGGAUCGUCACGCAUCUGGCGGGCAGCACGACGAGCGUGUUUGGUGACGCUGUGCGCAUCGAGCGCCUCCCGCGCAGCAAGACGAAAGGGACCGCCAUCGCGGCCGCCAACGCGCACGUGGCGGCCUUCUACGCCGGCAAGCUGAAGGCGCGGGGGGCGGGGGCGGGGGCGGGGGCGGACGCAGCAGAGGCGAACAGGCGCCUCGAUGAGGUGAUGGGCCUGUCGGACCUGGUGACGGUGUGUCUGUCGGCCAUGAUCACGCACCUGGCCGCCUACGGCCUCGAGCACGUGUUCGACCUCACAAAGUACUUUGCGCCGUUCAGCGCGCGCAGCCACAUGCACCUCAACGCAAACACGCUGGCCUCGCUCGAGAUCUACCGCAACCAGACGGACAACAGCACGCACGCGUCGCUCUUCUGGGCGCUCGACCGCACAAGGACGAAGCCGGGGCGGCGCCUGCUCCGGAAAUGGGUGGGCCGGCCGCUGCUGCAGCAGGAGCCGCUGGAGGCGCGGAUCGCCGCCGUCGAGGAGAUAUUGGCGGGGAGGAAUGGGAAGCUGGAUCGCAUACGGGAGCUGCUGGCGCGCGUGGGGACGGACCUCGAGAAGGGGCUCAUCAGGAUCUACUAUGGCAAGUGCACGCGGCCCGAGCUGCUGUCGACGCUGCUGGCCCUGGAGAGGAUCGCAGGCGUGUUUGGGGCGGUGGAGAGCGCGGGGGAGGUGGGGUUUGGGAGUAGGUUGUUGAAUGAGGCCGUGGCGGCGCUGCCGAGGGUGAAGGGGGUGGUGGGGGAGUUCUUGGGGGUGAUGAAUCAUCAGGCGGCGGCGAGGGAUGAUAAGUAUUCGUUCUUUAAGGACGAGAGCGGGUAUGAGGAUAUUGUGGAGUAUAAGCUGGGCAUUGCGGCGGUGGAGGCAGAGCUGAAGGAGCAACUGACGGAGAUUGCAAAGACGCUGAGGAGGCCGAAGGCGACAUAUGUCUCUGUGUCGGGCGUGGAGUACCUGGUCGAAGUGCCCAACGACAAAACCUCCCUCUCCCUCGUCCCCGCCACCUGGGCAAAACUCAGCGGCACCAAGCGCGUCUCGCGCUUCCACACGCCCACCACCAUGCGCCUCCUGCGCGAGCGCGACCAGCACAAGGAGUCGCUCACGGCCGCCUGCAACACGGCCUACGCCUCCCUCCUCGCGCAGAUCGCAGCGCACUACCACCCCCUCCGCGACACCCUCACCGCCCUCGCCACCCUCGACUGCCUCUUCUCCCUCGCCACUGUCGCAGCACAGCCAGGCUACUGCAAGCCGACGUUCACAACCACGCCCACCAUAGACCUCGUCGAUGCGCGCCACCCGAUGAUCGAGAAACUGCUCAACGCCCCAUACAUCCCCACCACUACGACGCUGUCGACAGACGCAACCCGCGCACUCAUCAUAACAGGCCCCAACAUGGGCGGCAAGUCCUCCUACCUGCGCCUCCUCGCACUAACCACAAUAAUGGCGCAGAUCGGCUCCUACGUGCCCGCGGCCGCGGCGCGCCUCGGCGUCGUGGACGGCGUGUACACGCGCAUGGGCGCGCGCGACAACAUGAUGAACGCCGAGAGCACGUUCAUGGUCGAGCUCACCGAGACCGCGGCGAUCCUGAGGAGCGCCACGAGCAGGAGUCUCGUCGUGCUGGACGAGCUCGGCAGGGGCACGAGCACGUGUGAUGGCGUCGCGAUUGCGGGGGCCGUGCUGGAGUAUGUGCUGGGCAUGGGGUGUUUGUGUCUGUUUGCGACGCAUUAUGCGGCGCUGGCGGGGCGCGCGGGGAGAGGGGUGGUGGGCGGGGUGGGGGCGCGGUAUAUGAAGUUUGCGGAAGCUGAUGACGGCAGCGACGACAUCACGUUCCUCUACGAGCUCGGCGAGGGCGUGGCCAGCCGUAGCUAUGGCCUUAAUGUCGCGAGGCUCGCGGGGCUGCCGGAGAGGUGUCUGGCGGUGGCGAGGCAGAAGUCGGCAAUGUUGGAGGCGGAGAUGAAGGAGCGGGAGAGUAUGGGCUGGGCGAAAGCGGUGCUCGCGGCGGUGAAGGGGGGGGAGGGGUUCGAUGCGGAGAGGCUGCUGGGAGCGGUGGAGUAUUUGUAG